ACUGUCAUGCAGAGAAGCCACCCUGGCAACCAGGAUAAAUGUCAGAAGAGCAAUCUGAAGGACAGCACGAGAAGCUGUGCAGUCGUUGCUUCCCUUCCUGCCUGGUUUUGGAGUGCUGAAUUCAAGGAGGGAGUCUGGAUGUGAUAGCAAAGCCAUUGCUUUCACCACCCUGGAUCUCUCUGUGUUCCACUGAGAAUAUUCCUGGAGCAGCAGAAGCGGAGCGCGGAUGCCGCCGUCCCUCUGAGCCUGCUGCACUGCGGCAUGCCCUCUUUCAUCUGCCUCUACCUGUGCUCCAAGUCCCUGUUAGGAUUUGGAGAACAAUCAACCAUGACGACUGAAUCCGGAUCAGACUCAGAAUCCAAGCCGGACCAGGAGGCCGAGCCCCAGGAGGCGGCGGGGGCGCAGCCGGGGCCGGGGCCGCAGCCGCCGGGCGGGGAGGAGCCGCGGCAGGCCCUGGAGCAGUUCGCGGCCGCGGCGCACAGCACGCCGGUGCGCAGGGAGGUCACUGACAAGGAACAGGAGUUUGCUGCCAGGGCUGCAAAACAGCUCGAAUAUCAGCAAUUAGAAGAAGAUAAACUUUCUCAGAAAUCGUCUAGCAGUAAACUCUCUAGGUCUCCACUAAAGAUAGUCAAAAAGCCUAAAAGCAUGCAGUGCAAAGUGAUUCUUCUGGAUGGAUCAGAAUACACCUGUGAGGUAGAGAAACGCUCCAGAGGGCAAGUACUGUUUGAUAAAGUGUGUGAACACUUGAACUUGCUAGAAAAAGAUUACUUUGGGCUUACAUACCGAGAUGCUGAAAACCAGAAGAACUGGUUGGACCCUGCUAAAGAAAUAAAAAAACAGAUUCGAAGUGGUGCUUGGCACUUUUCGUUUAAUGUGAAAUUUUAUCCACCAGACCCUGCCCAACUCUCUGAAGAUAUCACCAGGUACUACCUCUGCUUACAGUUGCGAGAUGACAUCGUAUCCGGGAGGCUGCCCUGCUCCUUUGUCACCCUGGCCCUGCUGGGCUCCUACACCGUCCAGUCAGAACUAGGAGACUAUGACCCCGAUGAAUGUGGGAAUGAUUACAUCAGUGAGUUCCGCUUCGCACCAAACCACACUAAAGAGCUGGAAGACAAAGUGAUCGAGCUGCACAAGAGCCACAGAGGAAUGACGCCAGCAGAAGCAGAGAUGCAUUUCUUGGAAAAUGCCAAAAAACUAUCCAUGUACGGCGUAGAUUUACAUCAUGCUAAGGAUUCAGAGGGAGUAGACAUUAUGCUGGGAGUUUGUGCAAGUGGUCUGUUGAUAUAUCGUGACCGACUGCGAAUAAACAGGUUUGCCUGGCCCAAGGUUCUCAAAAUUUCAUACAAACGGAAUAACUUUUACAUCAAGAUCCGACCAGGAGAGUUUGAACAAUUCGAAAGUACCAUUGGGUUUAAGCUGCCAAACCAUCGAGCGGCCAAGCGUUUAUGGAAAGUGUGUGUUGAGCACCAUACAUUUUUCCGACUGUUGUUACCAGAAGCACCGCCAAAAAAAUUCCUAACCUUGGGUUCCAAGUUCCGUUAUAGUGGCAGAACGCAAGCCCAGACCAGGCGAGCCAGUGCGUUGAUAGAUCGCCCAGCGCCUUACUUCGAGCGGUCAUCCAGCAAACGCUACACCAUGUCUCGCAGCUUGGAUGGAGCAUCAGUGAAUGAAAACCAUGAAAUAUACAUGAAGGAUUCUAUGUCUGCUGCAGAGGUUGGUACUGGCCAGUACGCCACAACAAAGGGCAUCUCUCAGACCAAUUUGAUCACCACUGUGACUCCCGAGAAAAAGGCUGAGGAGGAGCGGGACGAGGAAGAGGACGGACGGAAGAAGGCAGAGGAGGUCACGCCGGUCUCGGCCGUCCGGCACGAGGGAAAGACUGACAGUGAGCGCACGGACACCGCAGCUGAUGGGGAGACCACCGCCACCGAGGAGCUAGAAAAAACUCAAGAUGACCUGAUGAAACACCAGACUAACAUCAGUGAGCUGAAAAGAACCUUCUUAGAAACUUCAACAGACACUGCCGUCACCAAUGAGUGGGAGAAGAGGCUGUCCACCUCCCCGGUGCGGCUGGCAGCCAGGCAGGAGGACGCGCCCAUGAUCGAGCCGCUUGUGCCUGAGGAGACUAAGCAGUCUUCCGGCGAAAAGCUCAUGGAUGGCUCCGAAAUCUUCAGUUUGUUAGAGUCUGCGCGAAAACCGACAGAGUUCAUAGGAGGGGUUGCGUCCACUUCUCAGAGCUGGGUUCAGAAAAUGGAAACCAAAACGGAGCCCAGUGGAAUAGAGCCAAAACUCGCCUCGCACCCCCAGCCGCCGGGCGCUGAGAAGCUGGUGCAGGAGGCCGCUCUGGUGGAGGAGAGGCGGGUGAUGGAGGUGCGCGCCAGCGGGGACGCUUCCUGCGUGGCUGGGGACGACGCGGAUGCCGCAGCACAGCCAGGGGAUGCUUCCAGCAUCAGAGGGAAGGAGGGCUCCUCUCUGACUGAGGAGCCUAAAGAGGAAAGGGGGGAGGAGGCCAAGAAAGCCGCUCUGGGACAGGAGGAGACAGCCACUGCGUCGCGCGAGCGGCAGGAGGAUCAGAGCGUAGCCCUCCACGUUGCUGAGCCUGUGGAACAAAAGGCUCAUUUUGAGUCAUCAACUGUGAAGACAGAAACGAUAAGUUUUGGUAGUAUUUCCCCAGGAGGAGUGAAGCUAGAAAUUUCUACCAAGGAGGUGCCAGUCGUUCACACUGAAACAAAAACCAUCACAUAUGAAUCAUCACAGGUCGAUCCUGGCACUGAUCUGGAGCCGGGUGUGCUGAUGAGCGCGCAGACGAUCACUUCGGAAACCACCAGCACCACCACCACCACACACAUCACCAAAACUGUAAAAGGAGGCAUUUCUGAGACAAGAAUUGAAAAGCGAAUAGUCAUCACGGGAGAUGCAGACAUUGACCAUGACCAGGCGCUGGCUCAGGCAAUUAAAGAGGCCAAAGAGCAGCACCCUGACAUGUCAGUGACCAAAGUAGUGGUCCAUAAAGAGACAGAGAUCACGCCCGAAGAUGGAGAGGAUUGACAGAGGAAUAACUUAGCUUGCACACGAAUCUGGUCAUGCAAACCAUUAGGAAACCCCGAGCCGAUGUGGAGUUCCCUCUUCUAACCCAACCAUGGAAAAUUUCAAUCCAGAAGAAUUGACCUUGACCAUUAAUAAAGACACGGGCAGAGAGAUCUUCCCAUAAUAAAGCAAUCCGAAUCAGCAUCACUAAACUGAUAUUGCAUGAAGCAACGAUAAAAUUACAAAGAGCAGCAUUUUUUAAUUUUCACAAAAUGUCUCAGUUUUCAGCUAUACCUGCACGUUCAUAACCAACAAUAUAAACCGUGAUCUCAUGUACCACAUACACAAUUCAUGCCUUUCAUAGUUUAUUAUUAAAGUUAAACAAAACCGCAGUUUCUUAGAUGACAGAUCUUUUGUUUACAGAUAAAUGAAGAUUACCGUAAAAUACUAGAAGCUGUCCAGGUCUGGUGUGUCAGAUGUCCCCCAGAUUAGAUGUGCCAAUAACCGACUUUAUUCAGUGAACAACUUGAAUCUUGACUUGUUUCAUCUGGUUUUAUUACUCUCACCCAUGAACAGUAAUGACUCUCUGACCCUCCAGAAAUAUUUAACGCUUACAGUCUUGCUUUGUGUAUCUGAUUUAAUUCGACGAGGUAGUCCUGAUUUUAGCAUAUUAAUGAAUGUGAUUCCUUCCUAUUGUCCGCUUUGGUCUGCAUUCAGUCUGAACAGCUUUCCAGAGAUCUCUAACAAGUCUAAAUCUGUAAAUUGUCAUUAUUUUGAGAAGAAAAAAACCCUGUAUUUUUGUUAGUUUCCCAUAUUAUGACAUUUCUCUCCAGGAGACUCUGUUGGGUUUCUUUCUGUUGCUUUGUUUUCUUUCUUCAUUUCUUUGUCCUUGCGUUUUUUAAGUUGAUUUUUCUUCUUUUACUUGAAAGCAAAAAAAGUGUUUUGUUUCCAAAUCUGGUUCAUAUUUACAACCUAGUUCAGAGCCAAGCCUUAAACUGUACAGAAUUUCCACUGUAAUUAAGACUAUCUAUGUUUAGUUAUAAAUAGCCUUCCAAAAAGAUAUAUUCUCCAUUACACUGUCACCUGCAUCACAGCCCAUGGUGAAUGUAUGUUUCUGCAUAGCAAAAUAAAAACGGUAAAUGCACUGAAAGC